AUCCGUCUUCUCGCUCAUCCUCCCGACUCCUUCGCCCCCGUCACUGUGUAUAGCCAGCAUGAGUGACUCUGUGAUCCACGCUCUCGCUGGGGCCGCCGGCGGCAUUGUCGCCAUGUCGGCGACCUACCCGCUCAUUUUCCUCUCGACGCGUGCGGCGGUUGAGACUAAGAAGGAGCACAAGACCCCAUAUGAAGCUGUCCUUGACAUCAUCAAACGGGAGGGUUUCUUCGGCCUGUACAGCGGGCUGAACUCCAGCUUGCUUGGCAUCGCGGUCACCAAUGGGGUAUACUACUACUUCUACGAGGGUACGCGUAACCUCCUCCUCAAAGCCCGCACCGGCAGCAAAGGCCUCAGCACCCUCGAGUCCAUGCUCGCAGGCCUCAUCGCAGGCUCCGCAACGACCGUCAUCUCCAACCCCAUCUGGGUCGUCCAGACCACCCAGGCGGUUUACACCUUGCCGGACCCGGACAAAGCUUCGCCCGAGGGUGCUCCCCGAGCCGAGCGCCCAGGCAUCCUCCAGACCAUCCAGCACAUCCUCCGCAAGGACGGCAUCGCCGCGUUCUGGCGGGGGCUGGGGCCUGCGCUCGUGCUGGUCAUCAACCCCAUCAUCCAGUAUACGGUGUUCGAGCAGCUGAAGAACUGGCUCGUCAAGGGGCGGACGGCGAAGCUGAGGGCGGGCGGGGCGAAGAACGCAGUUGCGAUCCUGUCAGACUUCGACUACUUCUUGCUCGGCGCGUUGUCGAAGCUUGUGGCGACCUCCUCAACUUACCCAUACAUUGUCGUUAAGAGCCGUUUGCAGGCUGGUCAAGCCCAUGCUCAGAGAUACAAGUCCGCGCUUGACGGCAUCCUCACGAUCGUGAAGGAGGAGGGCAUCGAGGGCUUGUACAGGGGUGUCGGCAGCAAACUGAUCCAGAGCGUCUUGACGGCAGCCAUUCUCUUUGCUGGCCAGAAGCGCAUCUACGAGGUGACGAAGAAGGCUUUGGCUCCAGUUAUUGUCAAGUAGUUGUCAAGUAAAACGUUGUAUCGUAUCGAUAGCAUACAAUCUGGUAUAAUUGAACACUUC